AGAGAGAGAGAGAGAGAGGGAGAGAGAGAGAGAGAGAACGGAGAAAAAAGGGGCUGGUGGAGGAGGAAGAGCGGGGAGUGGGAGAAAACAGGGGGAAUAACACUUGAAGGAAGCACACGGAGGAGAGGAAGGACAGUGGCCGGUGCCGUGGACAUCCCCUCCGCUCUGCGCUCAGGCUGUCACCGCGGAUUGGACUCCGAAGGACCGACACCGCGUCCACCCCAGACCCCAUGGGGUAACAGCAGACGUUCGGAGGAGAGGCUUUUGUUCGGCUACACAGAUGAACAACAGGAAGGAGGACAUGGAGAUCUCCUCUCACUACCGUCAGCUCCUCAGAGAGCUCAAUGAGCAGAGGCAGCACGGCAUCCUCUGCGACGCCUGUGUCAUCGUGGACGGAAAGAUCUUCAAGGCCCACAAGAACGUCCUCCUGGGCUCCUCGCGCUACUUCAAGACUCUUUACUGCCAGGUUAAAAAAGGGUCCGAGCCUCAUCACCAAACCACCGUCACUCAUCUCGACAUUGUCACGGCGACAGGUUUCAAAGCCAUCCUGGACUUCAUGUACUCGGCGCACCUUGCCCUCACCAGUAAAAACGUGAUUGAGGUCAUGUCGGCUGCCAGCUAUCUGCAGAUGACAGACAUUGUCCAGGCCUGCCACGGCUUCAUCAAGGCUGCGCUGGACAUCAGCAUCCGCUCUGAGAUGGCCGACGAACUGGCCGACUUUGAAAUGGGAGCCGUCGCUGCUCCCGGCAUAGGCGGAGGAGGUGGCGGAGGUGGAGUGGGUAUGGCAGUAACAGGGAGCGUUGCUGGAGCGGGUUUGGGUGGAGGAGCAGGAGGAGGAGGGGUCGUGGGCAUGGCCUCAGAAGCCCUCGCCUCCAUCAUGUCUGGUCGCAGCACCUCCCCUUGGCUGGCGCGACGCACCAGCCCGGCCAACUCUUCUGGGGACUCGGCCAUCGCCAGCUGCCACGAGGGAGGGAGCACGUAUGGCAAGGAGGACCAAGAACCACCCAAGAGCCAUGAGAGCCAGGAGGAAGCCUGCCACGACUCCCAGCCCGCCUGGCCGCAUGACUACAGGCCUGUCACUGUCAAAGAGGAACAGGUGUCCCCCACCUCCUCCUCCCAUCCCCGGGACACUCCCAGAGGGGCAGCCCAGAGCCAGGGGGAGCAAGGGACUGGUGGCGCUUCUGGAGGAGGUGGAGAGGGAUCCUGGCAACCCCUGUCAGGGUCAGGGCGGAGGAAGAAUAGGAAGAACAAGGACACGGUCAGACAUAUCACCCAGCAGUCUGAGAGGAACUGGGACAGAGAGCGGGACAGGGAGAGAGACAGGGACAGUAGGCCUGGGUCCCCUCUGCCCUCCAUGCUGGCUGUGGCCGGAUGGAACUACAAUGGACAGGACAUCCCAGGGGCAGACGUGACCGAGCCCAACAGCUCAGACAGCCGCGGCGAACGCCUCGACUUCUUCCUCAAACAGGAAGAGGCCCUCACCGCGGAGCCGGGCUUCAUGGGCGCCAACGAAUCGGAGGACGGCGGGGGAGGAGCCGGGGGCGGGAGCAUCUCGUCCGUGGCCAAUCUGAAGGCGGCACUGAUGAGUAAGAACAGCCUGCUGUCGCUGCGGGCUGAGAUGAUGGGAGAUGAUAACCCCCUGCUCUAUGAGUACCUGCCCAAAGGAGGACACUCCCUGUCGUGGCUCCGCUCCAACAACUACUGCAGCACGCUCCGGCCAGGGGCCACGGGGGCCACUAUUCAUAACAAACAGGGGGCUGGCUCCUCUCCUCCUCCUCCUCCUCCUCCUCCACUUCUUCUUCCUCCUCAUCUUCCACCAUCACCACUACCGCCAUCAUCGUCGUCAUCAACACUGGCAUACUGCCCACCCACUCCACCCACACCACUGCUCCCCUCUGAGCCUCGGCCCCUGGAGGCCCCCGGUCUGCGGGCUGGGGCACCCCCGCUGCGCGCAGAGGGGUCGGACAUGGACUUGGAAGAGGCUCCCGAGGGCCCGGAGCCCUCCACCUUGCCUGAGGAGGUCAUAAAGGAUGAAGAGGAUAUGAAAGAAUACAGCGCAGGCUUGGAAGGUGAUCAGUCUCCUGUCGAGAGGGAUCAGAUGGUCCAUGGGAUGUGUGCUGGUGGGCUGAUGCCUGCGGCAGUGUCCGAGGCUGGCAAAGGGACUAGAGGGCCGAUGGUGCUGGGCGAAGAGGCUGGAUCAGGGGAGAGAGUCCUGCCAGAGCCCGGCGCCUGGCCCUCACCGGGGUUCGCCUGCUCCCUGUGCAAACGGCUGUUCAGCCGCCUGGAGCAUCUCAGGGAACAUGAAUACCGCCACACCCUGUCUCUGAUGGCCUUGUCCAUGGACUGGGACAUGCAGGGUCCGACCCAGCCCCGUCACCAGUCCCAGUCCCAGCCUCUCCCGUACCACCAGUCCCACUACCGCUCCGCUGUGGCCGAGUCAGUGCCGGCACGCUACCUCUGCUCCCAGUGCCCCGCCAGCUUCACGCUCAAGUCCAACGCAGACCGACACGAGAAGACCAUCCACUUCAAGAAGAAGCUGAUGCAGUGUCUCUACUGUCUGAAGCACUUCAGGGACCGCACAGACCUGCACAGGCACCUGUCCUCCGUGCACUCUAAAGAGAGAGGGCACACCUGCCCCGCCUGUGCCAAGGCCUUUAGCACCCAAAAGAACCUGGCGACACACGUUAAAGUGUGCUGCCAGGUGGGCUCAGUGCCAGGGACCAUACUGGGAGGCGGAGCUGGGAUGGAAAUGUCCAGGGGCGGGGUUAUAUAUCCACUGUGGCGGCUUUCUCAAGAGAUGCAAGUUGACAAUCAUAAUCACAGUAUCAAUGUGGAAGACUGACACUGGACGCACAGGCUGCAGGUUUAUGUACACACAUCCACACCCACCGGUUAGCGUUGUAUCCUCACUUGUGUUGUUUGUUCAUGCCAAAAAUGACUUGUAGUGUCACUGCACUGAUCAGCACGUCUGUUGACAUGAUUAUUAAUCCAUAGAGAAAGUCAUUUUUUCUGUUUUUUUUAUAUCUUGUUAAAUUUCUUGUCAUAUUUUUUAUGAUAGAUGAUAUAACAACAUGUCAGAGGUGCAGAAUUUCUAUGCAAAACGAAUCUUUAAAACAAACUUCUGGCUGUACGCAGGGUUGUUACGGUUUGUGAACGGCUUUGAGGAACUGGAGGUAUGAAGGUGAAUGCCUGUGUGCUGCGGGUGCAGAGAGCAGGGGGUCGGUCCCCCCCCCCCGCUCUAAACCACUUGUCUGGCUCGCUGUCGCCAGUCCCCCGUCUGACUCAAGUCUUCUCUCCUUUUUAGGCAGAGAGAUCUUUAUCUUUGUGUUCACCCCUGCCUGCAUUAUGGGGCACUAAGACACUCAGACACACAGCUCAUAUCUGCCCGGCUUUCCUGUGGCUCACGGCCCACACAACCACACCACCCGCAGGAACUCUGUAGUAUUGCAGCAGGGACAGCUGAAUAAAGUCAAAUCAGCUCAAUUUUCCUCGGCAGUGCAACUCAAUAAAUGUUAAAAAUAGUAAUUAUUGGCAUAAACGAUGUCCAUUUAAAAUAUCUGUGGUUACAGUAGCUUGAAGAGAAAGGAAAAGACAAGGUGAGUCUGCCACGGAUCCACCUCCACUGGACGUGCAGGAGCUUGUCUCCGGUCUGACACAAUUGUCUUGGGUCAGUUCUGUGAGUUCAGUGCAGAUGGAGGCGAUGCGCCAAUCGAGAACAAAGCCAGCUAAAACAAUAGAGCUGUAGCUGCUCAGAUGGGGGGUUGGGGGUGGUGUCAUUUUCUCUCUUUCUCUCUGUCGCAGAUCUGUGCAUCUUCUAGUGGCUGAGUGUGGCUGGAGCUGGACAGUAAUUGGCCCUUCAUGGCUCCGACCCUUCUUAACCCCUGACCCCUCAUCUGAAGAGGAAGUGGGGACCGAGGGGGCAGAUUCCCUUUAAACCAGACAGGCUUAGUGAUGUCACUGCUGCAGGCAGAUAAUGGUGUGGUUGUGAGGGCGAGGGAGAAAAAUAGGUGGGGGGGGAUCAAGGAUGACAAGUGGGAAAAUGCUGGAGAGGAGAGUAAGGAAGGUGGUGAAGAUAGAAGGCUGCAGGAGCGUGGACUCAGUAUUUAAAAAUCCAGACACAUUUCAGCCAAAUGUUCCUCCUUUGAGUUUCCAGCAGGCCUGUACCCUGCAACGAGAUGUUGUUCUGAUACAACCCAGCUCUCAAGGUUUUAUUGUGUGCGCACUCACACUGUGGAAACUGCACCCGAAGGGGAGACGUCCACCUGUGCUCCGCUCUAAUAAUCCACUCGCUCCGGGAACAUACGUAGAUCUGUGAUUUCUGCAUGCGUGCAGCGGAUAAAACAUCUUAUAGUGUGCGUCAGGAAUCUACCCCCCCUGUCUGUUGUACGUAUGUGAGUGUGUGUGUGUGUGUGUUUUGGUGUAUGUAUAUACAGUAUAUACACAAUGAACUCCCAAAAGCCAAAUCCUUUCUAAUACGAAAUCCCAUUUCUCAGGUAGCACACACUGUCCUAGCCAGCAGCUGUAGCGGACUGGUAGGCUUAGAGAAGUCAGGAACUAAUCAGGAUCUCUGCAGUAUCAGCCGCUGAGGAGAACUGGCAAAUAGUGUGUGGAUGUUGUGUUUUUUUUUUUUUUUUUUUUGGUUUGGAAAAUGUGUUGUUUGUUAAGACUGAAAGAUCAUUUUAACAUGUAUUGUACAAAAACAUGUACUUUUCUCAACGGAAUGAGAUUCUGCUUGUAGUUUUGAAUGCUGUAAUUAAACUAUUAUGGAAAUUGUGAAAACUUGAUUUCCCUCUUUUCUGCAGCUGUCUGUGUCCUGCACAUACACACAUCAUCACAACAAUAUGUCUGUCUCACGUGUUUGCGUUAAUUUGAUGUCUGCUCUCAUCUGUUCUGCAGUUUGUGUACAUGCAUGUGUGUUUUUUUUUGUCGCUGUCACGUGUUUUAAUCAGAACAGAAGUUGAUUUGCCGACGGAGGUAAUUAUAUCAUAUUAUUUCACUCCUAGCGCAACUCGACCCUUAACUGUGUGUUUGAAUCCAUCCUUUAUGUACAGUGAAUGUGCACCGUGUGUGUUGUGUUGUGCCUGUGUGCAUACAUUCAGCCCUGAUCUUUCAUGGUUGUGUACUGUAUGCUUUGACUGCAAAGCUUCUCAUUGGCUAGAAACACACACACACACACACACACACACACACACAAACACACACACAAUCUGCUUACUUGGAUGCCCUUCACUAUAGCUUAACUACCAUUUAAGUCUAGACCUUAAGAUAAUUGGCUUAACAGACCUCUACACAAGAAUCGGACAUGGUAUUAACAUUAUUUAAAUUUUUUUGUAAGGUGAAUUUUCCCUUUAUGUGUGUGUGUGUGUGUGUGUGUGUGUGUGUGUGUGAGCGCUUUUAUUUCCCAACCUUCCAACUUCAUGUCACCGUCUGUGUUUGUCUUUCUGUCUGUGUUUUUGCUGUCCAUAGCCGAGACCUUGGAGAGCAGUGGAGGCAGACCGACUGUUGUGUUGUGUUGUGUGUUUAUAGUAUCUCUCUUUGCCUUUAUUGCUUUAGUAUGGAGGAAGAGCUGUUGCCAGGGCAACUGUAGCUUUGACUGGGAUUGGGGUGGCCAUGGGAAUUGAUGGUACAUUUCUAGACCAUGCUGCUAAUUAAAUGUAAUAACUGAGAAGUGACGACUGGGUUUAUUCAAACGAGCUUCACUCAACAAUAAUCUUUUCUCUCUCUCUCUUUCUCUCUCUCUCUCUCUUUUAUCUCCCCCGUCCC